AUGCCGAUGAAUCUUAGUCUCGGGAACAAAAAGCCCGCAGCACCGAAACCGAGAAAUCCUCUCGGACAGAAGAGAAAGAACAUUUUUGACGAUGGCUCUGGCGACGAGGACGAGUCGAACGAACAUGGAGCAAUUGAGCUUUCUACAAUUGGAGGCUUAAAAGAACCUGUACCGAUGACGAAACCGCAAAGUGCAGGUCCGCCGCCGAAACGCAAGAUGCAAUUCGGAAGUGCUGCCAAACCCUCGAUCAAACCACUCAACAAAAACUCGUUGUUUGCUGAUGACGAGGACGAAGAUGAGGAAAAGGAAAAAAAGCAGCAGGGCGAAAUGCACUUGGGGCUUAAUAAGGCAAAGUCGAACAAGCCGACCGCGCCUGGCCAAGAUUUCACUAAUUUGUCAGCAAUGCACAGCAGCAAGAAGCAUGCAAAGCAAGCCGAAGAAAUCGAUCCCUCGAUCUACUCAUACGAUGCUGUAUACGAUAGCUUGCACGCCAAAACUGCCAAGUCCUCGGUGAAUACCAAGAGCGAAACGCCGAAGUAUAUGCAGAACUUGUUACAGAGUGCAGAAAUCCGGAAAAGGGAUCAACUCCGAGCGAAGGAUCGUCAGCUUGCCAAGGAACGUGAAGCUGAAGGUGACGAAUUUGGCGACAAGGAGAAGUUUGUCACGGCUGCAUACAAGGCGCAACAAGAAGAACUGCGCAAGGCCGAGGAAGAGGAGGCACGGCGCGAAAAGGAGGAGGAAGAGCGAAGAAAGAAGAGUGGCAACUCCGGCAUGAUUGGAUUUUACCGAGACGUGCUUUCUCGAGGCGAAGAACAGCACGAAGAGGCUGUCAAAGCUGCCGAAGAAGCUGCUCGUCGCGUAAAAGCAGGAGAGCUUCCAGAAGCAGAAGAGAGAAAAGAUGAGGAUGAGAAGACAGAGGCCCAGAAGGCCGAGGAUCUUAACUCUCAUGGCGCUCGUGUUGCUGUCAACGACGAGGGUCAAAUUGUCGACAAGCGCCAGCUGUUGUCUGCAGGAUUGAACGUCGCACCAAAACCGAAAUCCCAACAACCUGCACCCAAAGCAGUUCCACGGCCUGCUGCUCGCCCAGCCGGCGGUCACCAAAAUGCACGUGCUGCCCAGAGAGCUCGACAGACCGACAUGGUUGCGAGCCAAUACGAGGAGCGUGCCCGACAAGAAGAGGAAGCCGAGGCUGCGAAACAGAAGGAGAUUGCGGAGAAAAGUCGCACCCGCAAGACCGAGGGAGAGGUCUCCAGCGCAAAGGAGCGGUACCUGGCAAGAAAGAAGGAACGCGAAGAAGCUGCUGCGAAGGCAAGGGGGUCAUGA